AUGCUCCUCGCGCGGCCGGACGGUCUGAUCGUGCAGGUGGGCGGCCCGUGCGCCGGCACCUCCAUCGACGUGGGCGCCGUCCGCUUCUUCCAGGAUAGGGGCAUCUCGCUUGCGGACGAGGUGAGCCUGCACGUCUUGGACGUGGCGGGGACGCGGAUCGUCAACCUGCAGGGCAGCCUGAGGCAGAAGGAGUUCCGGGGCUGCUGCCGAGCGGCCCUGGCGAAGCUCCCGGUGAGCUGCCGCCCGCCCGGGAGCCUGGUGUUCAUCACGGCGGGCGACGGCCCAGGGGCCUUCAACAUGAUCGGCCUGACGCCGCACACCGGCUCGUCAGAGCAUGGGCACGGGGGCGAGCUGCACUGGCGGGACAGCUUUUGGCGCCGGGACAAGCUCAACAUGUCCGGGGUGACGUUCGAGGUGGACCCCGCGGUGCUGUCCGUGGUCCACCAAGUGCGCACCGGGGAGGAGGCCGCUGCCGGCAGGCAGUUCCGCUUCAGGUACCUCAGGGACGCCUGCACUGGAGAGGGACAGGCGGUGGCGACGAGGGACAGCCCCCCCCGGUGGUUCCAGCGCAAGCAGGAGGUGGGCGCCCGCAACCAGCCGCUCUUCCCGCGGAGUUGGGAAGCGCCGCUCGCUGGAGUUACGGGCCCCAGCGUGCACGCGGGUGGGCACGGCGGCGACGACGGCGAGGGCUGCAGCCGUGCUCGUGGGCUGCAGCGCCACGGCGGACUGGGUCUCGGUCUGGUGCUGCGUGCAGGGCGGUUCCAGUGUGACCAGGCCCUGCACUCCACCGUGGUCGACGAGACGCGCAAGUGGCGCGAGUGCGGCUCCUGCAACGGCAUGUCGGUGUGGAGCUACGGUGGCAAUGCCGACGGGAUUACGGAGUCGUGCGAGGGCCGCGGCGCCACGGCCGACUGGGACCAGAGCUGGUGCUACGUGCAGGGCGGUUCCAAUUGCAACCAGGCCCCGGACUCCACCGUGGUCGGCGAGACGCGCAAGUGGAGCGAGCGCGGCCCCUGCAACUGCAUGAGGGAGUGGGACUACGAUUGCGAUGCCGACGGGGUUAUGGAGUCGUACGAGGGGCGGUCCCAAGCCCUGGACUCCACCUUGGUCGGUGAGACGCGCAAAUGGCGCGAGUUCGGCUCCUGCAACGGCACGACGGAGUGGAACUACGAUGGCAACGCCGUCGGGGGUAUGGAGUCGUACGAGGGUUGCAGCGCCACGGCCAACUGGGAUCAGAGCUGGUGCUACGUGCAGGAUGGCUCCAAGUGCAACCUGUAUCUGUACUCCACUGUGGUCGGCGAGUCACGGAAGUGGUUCGAGUGCGGCUCCAGCAAUGGCAUGACGGAGUGGAACUACGAUGGCGCUGCCGGCAGGGCUAUGGAGUCGUACGCAAGCUGCAGCGCCGCGGCCGACUGGGACCAGUGUUAUGGAGUCGCACUAGGGCUGCAGCGCCACGGCCGACUGGGACCUGCACGGGUGCUACAUGCAGGGCGGCUCCACUGCUACCAGGCCCUGGGCUCCACCGUGGUCGGCGAGACGCGCAAGUGUCGCGAGCACGGCUCCCGCAGUGGCAUGACGGAGUGGCUUUUCGGUGGCGGUGCCGACGGGGUUAUGGAGUCGCACAAGGGCCGCUGCGCCACGGCCGACUGGGACCAGUACUGGUGCUACGUGCAGGGCGGUUCCUAUUGGUCCCAUGCCCUGGUCUCCACCGUGAUCGUGUCGCGCAUGUUGGGUCCUCGGCAGUCGGUGUCGCAUGGGCCCUGGUGGGAGGUCACGGCGGUCGCGGCGGCGGAGUUGGAGCACGAGGCUCGUAGCAAUUGUACCCUCAUCGAUUUGUUGAAGAUGGGCGUGCCAGAAGCAGAUGUGACGGAGCCGUACGCGUGGGUCGUGCCCUUGGGGUCGAACUGCUUGGCUGCCACUUGGUUGCAAUCCAACGGGUUGCGAAAGUUCGCGUUGCCUUUUGAUUGGACGUUCUCCUCACCAGCAGUGGUGAGCGAUUGUCUUUUCGACGAUUUCCGUGCCUAUUUGGACCACCGCGAGUAUUUGCCGCUCGGCAGGAGAGGCGCUGGUUGUGGGCACCGUCGGUAUUUCGAAGAAGGGGCUUGCCACCGAAGCGAUGUGUUCUUGCACCACGACCCGGCCAGGAAGCGCAAGGACUACGAGUACCUCCAGCGCUGCGUGCUGCGCUUCCGGGAAGUGGCCCAGAGGCCGGGCAGGAAGUUGCUGCUGCUGUGCCACGCAGUGGACUCGCCCGAGGCCCUGGCGCAGCUGGACGGGCUGGCGCAGGACUCUCACUGCAGCGGAGCCUCUUGGCAGAACGGGAGCGUUGGCCAGGUCCGCGCCCUUCACCGCGCCCUCUGCGAGUACGGCGUGCAGAAUUUCCACUUGGCGGUUGUGCGGCUAUGUGUCGGAGCUGCCUCCAGGGUCACUGGCACUCCCGAGAUAUCGAGCGACGUGGUGCACGGCCUUGAGAUGCGCCACGAGACCUUUGCUGUGAGCGAAGUCCAUUUGGCACUCGCUCUCGCUGCGGAGGUCGAUCUGCUGAGGCUCUUCGACGACUCGCGCAAUGAUGAGAUCUUCGCCAAACAGUGCUCGGCGGAGGCCUCGUGA